ACGGAAAUUGCAUAGAGAUUGCAUCUUGUUUUGAAGUGUUUCGAAACAUAUUGCUGCCAAAUAAACGAAAUGUUUUGAUAUUUUAACCGAAACGAAACUUUUAACAGGAAGGAAUGAAUAAUUAUUAUUUAUAUAAAUCAUUCUCGAAUAUUUAAAAUCUAAAAAAAUAAUGAGAAAUCACUUCGGAACUGUUAAUCCCAGACGAUGUUUUGACAUUUCUUGGCAUUAGUUACAUGUUUGUUGAUUGGUUGACUCUGGAUAAAUUUCAACAUCAACCAAUCAAAAGUAACGAUAUAUAUUUGUAUAUAUGAGUUGUGAGCAUCGGAUUAAUGUGUUCCAGAUGUGCAGAGAAUUCAUUUUGUGAUUUUUACGUAAAGGAAAUUUAUAAAAAUGGAAAAUGUUUUGGUCAGAAUUUCGAAAGAUGCUACGAAACAUCCGGUCCUUAGACAGAUGUGCUUGGAAGUACAGGAAUUCUUGGCCAAUCAACAAGGGUUAACGAGAGCACCUUCUUAUGAAAUUAGAGAAAAAUGUUUAGUAAUAUUGCAGAUGGCUUUAGAAUCAAAGAAUAAUAAACUAAUAAGUCAUGCCUUAUAUGGAUUUCAAAAACUUGUAUGGGAUAGUUUACAUUCUCCAUUUGAAACAGAUGAUGAUGAAAAAUGGCUACCUUGUCAAUUACUGAAAGCAAUUCCGUCUGUUUUACAUUCAUCUGAAGACACCCAAAUUGAAAUUUUAAAAAUUUUAUUGCAGUUAGCUGGUACGAGCAGCUGGCAUUUAAGCACUAAUUUUGUACUCAAACUGAUUUCAUUAUGCAUUGAAUUGUGUUCAAAUGAUAGUUCUGAAGUCAGAACAGCUGCAGUGGCUACAGCCAGUCAAACGAUACAAUUUUUUUGUACAGUAGCUCAAGAAUCUGAAGUUGGAGAGGAAUUUAAGGAAUCUGAAAAUAAUUUUUUUUCUUCUUGUCUUAAAUUUUCAGAAUAUAACUUAAUGGAUGGUGUUGUUGAGGAAGUAAUACCUAUUUUGGAAUUUUUAUAUGAAAAACUUAAGAAUUGUAAUAGUUCUCAAAAUAAAUAUUUGCCAUCAUUUCUUCUUCAGUGCCUACUAUCUUCUGUUUCCAGUUUAAAAUUGGAAGUACAUAAGAGUCAAAUAUUUUUGGAAUUUUUAUGCAUUUUACAACUACAAAUUCCUUGUCAUUUGACUUACUUACAAUGUAUGUGUGCAUUAUCACCUAAACUGCAGUUCUACAACAAGUUUUGCUUUAGUGUUGUCAGUCCAGAAUAUUUUGGAUACCACUUUGUAUUGAAUGUCAUUGAUUUCAUUAAGUAUGAGUUUUCAAUUCAUUUUAAUUUUAGUAUUGCAGGUCAGCUUGUUCGAUUAGUAGGAAGUGUUGGUUCUUUACGUCCUGUUUUGGAAUCUUUAUUUCAUCGUAUGUUAUUAUACCCUCCUCUUGAACAUCGGACUGAAGCUUUAAAAGCAAUGAAAGAGUUGAUGAAGAAACCAAGCAAUGUUCUUCAGUUUGCUGGACCAUCUUUGUGUGAUGACGAUAAAAUUACUAGAUCUGCAGAUCUUGAUUUGAUGAGGAUUUUGAUGGAUAGCCUUAGAGAAUGUUGUCAUAGCAAUGACAAUGCUGUAUGCUAUGCAAGUGUUUCAUGUAUGGUAGCAAUUCUCACUAGUUUACAAAGUAUUACCAGUGGAAAAGAUGUUAGUGAAGAAUAUGCUCAACUUAUAAAUAACAUGUUUAAAACAUUAGAAGAUGCUGAUUUCAAAGGCGUUCAAAGUGCUGAAUAUUGGCAUAAAAAAAUUGAAAAUUAUAAUUCUGCUGAAAAAUCAGAUAUAACUUUUGUUGAUUCCAAUUGUAAUGAAGAACUUGAAAUAAAUGGUAAUAUUGAACAUCCUACAGUAAAUACAGAAGAUAAUAGUGAAGAAGUUACAUCUAAUCUGAAAGAAGAAAAUGAAAAUAGUGAAAAUAAUAAUACAGUUGAAAUAGAAUCUGAGGAAACAGGUGAAAUAACAAAAGUGGAAAUUAUUGAUGAUGAGAAUUUUGAAGAAUUUGUAAAGCAAGAUGAUAACUCAGAUAAUCUUGAACACAUCAGUUCCGAAUGUGAAAAUAUAACUGAUGAUAUACAGAAAGAACUCCAUGAAAGUUGUUCAUCAACUACAACAGAAGGACCUGAAGAAGGAUUUGAUGAUGAUAGUACUGAACUUGAUAAUGAACUUGAGGAAAAACAAAGGAUAUUGGCUGAAGAAGAAGCUGCUAGAAGAGAAAAAGUUCCUCGUACUCUCUUGGGAAAAGAAGAUGCAGGAAAGACUGAACGUGAAAGGGUAGAACGUCUAUGUGAAGCUCGUAUAGAAUUUGCACAGAAAGAAAGAAGUAACGCCAGGAAAUUUGUAAAAGCUUUGAAAAAUCUUCUUCCUGAUAUCCUGUCUAUUCGCAGUUCAAUUGAAGCUGAUCAAGCAAUUCAGGAAUUUUCUUCAAAAUAUUGUGAAGACUCUUGGAAACUUCAACAUGAUGAAAAUGAUACAAAUGAUGAUCCAUAUAUUACUAUAAUAAAUGCUGAUGGAAUUUACCUUGCUACAUAUUCAUCUUUGUUACUGAAUUUGAAACUUUUGCUCAUUAACUAUUAUAAUGAACCUUUAAAAGUACCACCAUUAACAGAGCAACAGUUUGUUGAUGAAGUUCAUGGUAGUGGAGUACUAAUAUAUCUAUCUGCAACAUGGUUGGCUGAACUAUACCAACAAAUACUAACAAUUAACCUUCUAGAAACUGCUGGUUAUUCUAUUUAUUCCACGGAGAAUUCAUCACUCAUCAAUUUAUUAACAGAUAUAAAGGCAAUUGGAAUGGAUUUUCCUGGAGACCAAUAUUUGUCUGAUUAUCGAAGAUUAGAAAGAGCUGCAACGCAUACUCAGAAUUCUCCUAUAAUUGAAGCAGGAAUAAAAUUUAGCAGAAGAGUAUUAACAGGAUGCUGGGAUGCAGCCUUGGAAAUUCUUUCUGUAUUGCUUAAUGGUACUAAUUCAUGUGGAGUGACUGGUACACUCGGUCUUUUAUUAGGGACGGAUGGUGCAAAAGAAGAGCAUCGUCGUGCCAAAGAUGCUAUAGCAGAAAGUUUAGAUGGUUUACAAAGAGCUGCGAAAUUAUGUAAUAUUUUAGGACUUCAGUCAAGAUGUGGAGUUGUGUUUUCACUAUUGGCAUCAGUUUCUUGUCCAUUAUUACAAGAUGAAAAAUUUACUUCUUCAAAAUGUGAUAAACACAAAAUUAAAAAAUCAGUAUUAAUAGGAAAGAACAAAAAUUUAAGACUUCAUACCUCUCACAUUCUCAGUAUGGAUGUUAUCCUAAGUAGAGGAUUGGAGUUAGGAAGUCAUAGUUCAGAUUGUUGGAAACAUGUUUUCAGUGAUUGUGUAGAACCUGCCUCCAUGCCAGGAACACCAUUACCUCCUACUGUCAACAUUGGUGAAUUAUUAAUGCAAGGAAGUCCAUCUAAAACUAAUUGUGAUAUAAUAAAAGGAAUUCACCUUCAUGAAGUAAUUGAAGGUCUCUCUCAGCUAGUGGAUAGGUUAUUUGAAGAUGCGGCAAACAAAUUAAAUCUUUCUGCCUUAAUAGAAUUUUUAAUCGAAUUAUGUGCUGCCAGCCAAAAUCAACUAUUUUCUAAAUGUUGUUAUAAAACAAAUUCCUAUUUUUCUGGAAAUCACGGAAAUGCUCUCUUAUUGUAUCGUCUGGGAGACGUGAUGCUGCGCUGUGCUCGAGGAGGUCGACCGUUAAUUCAUAUCAUGAAAGCUUGGAGUGUAACUGCCCCUCAUUUUGUUGAGGCAGCUUGUCAUCAAGAUAGAGUAAUUUCUAAGAAAGCUGUAACAACUAUUCAUGAUAUUGUCAGUGUUUUACUAUCUACUCAUACAGAAUUGCCAUAUUUUCAUUUUAAUGAAGCUCUCUUCAAACCAUUUGAAAAUCUUUUGUGUUUGGAAUUAUGUGAUAUUGAUGUUCAAGAACAGAUUAUUAGUUCCAUUUGUGAAUUUGUAGAAGGUUGCACAACUGAAAUUCAUUCUGGAUGGAGACCUUUAUUUGGUGCUUUGAGAGCUGUCCGUAUACCGGGAGGAGUGAACUGUACACCAACAAUAGAAGUAGAAAAAGAACAAGCAAGACAUCUCAGAGUUGUACUUGAUGUGUUUGAAGCUUUUCUAAGAACUAAUAAUGUUCUUGUGUUUGCAUAUGCUGCAGUAGAUUGUUUAUUAUGUUUGUUAAAACAUGUCAGAGGGCCAGCCGAGUUAGAAGAUAAUAAUAACGAGGAAAUGACUAUUGUUGAAAAUGUCGAUAACAGUGUUAUUCCUCUCGAUUUAUGUCUUGCUGCAUUAAAAUACCUGGAACGUUGUUCUGCAAUUCUUGCAUCUACUUUCAAAAUGCCUGCUUGCCCUGUAUUUAAUUCAGCAAAUAGAAUACAACUUAAUAAAGAACCUCAGUGUGUUGAUCCUGUUAUACCUAAUAAAGAAAUAAUAUAUUUUAAAGAAGAAGAUAAUAACAACACAGAAUCAGAUAUUGAUGAUAACUGUAAUAAUAUUGGUCUUCCAGAUAUUUUGAAUGAAGUGAUGCCAAAUGAACUGGAUCAUCCAACAGGCAUAUUAAGGGUUUGGUUUCUUCUUCUAGAAGGUUUGGCUGGUGCUGUGGCAACCUGUCCUAAAAAGUAUCAACCACACACUAUGGAAAUGUUAUUUUCUAUGCUUCAUAAUUUAAAAGAAGUUCCAGGUCCACAGUUUGGAAUCUAUUGUGUAAACCAUCUUUUGUUGCCAAUGAUUCAAGGAUGGUUGCGUCGAACUACUCGUAUUUGCCAAGGAUGGGAUAAUUUUGCUAAUUUUAAACAAUGCUGUGGAUUGUCAACAGAUCUAGUAGUUGAUUAUGUGACUUUAUUGGCAGAAAAUGAAGACAUAUCAAAAACAAAAGGAAUAAAUUUAAUGCUGUAUCAAUUGUUGUUAGUUUUGACAGAAUGCAUUUCACAACCAAUAGAAACAAUUUCACGUUUAGGCUGUGCUUGUAUUAGGCACAUUAUCAUCAGUUGUGGGCCAACAUUUACGAAAGAAUUAUGGAGGACUGCCUGCGUCUGUCUACAACGAGCAUUUUCGGUGAGUUUACACGCCGUACGCCAGUUAAUGGUGUGUUUUCAUACAGAUUCGGAGAAUUUCUACGGUGACAUUGGCCAAGUCAAAGUGGCAGUUAGAAGAGAUUGCACCCUGCAAGAAUACGAGAGACUUCAGGAAUUGGCACAGCAGGUCUUUCUCUUAGAUUGUCAAAGAGUAGAAAAUUGUGAAGAGAAGAAAGAAGAAGAAAGAUCUUAUAUAUUUUUGUUGCUUCCUCCUAAUGUUAAUUCAACGUUAAAUGAAGAAAUGAAUAUCAUAAGAGUUCCUUUCCGAAAUUUGGUAGUGGGAUUGUUAUCUCAUCAAAUAUUAUUACAGACCAUUAGCACGUUAUUGCUUCAAGGUACGCGUCACAUACUUCCUAGUUUAGCCACUUUACUAUCUUCAUCGUCUCCGUUUAAUCAUACGAAUCAAAAAUCUACGAACAUCUCUAAAUUACCAGGUCUGUUAUCGUCCAUCCCAUACAACGACUUGGAUAUUUUGCUACAGUGUUUACAAAAGUCAUUCGCGACGGCUUGCAAUUUUGACGUUAGACCCGGCUUGAAAUUUCUCAUACAGAAAGUCGCACAGAUCGAUGUCGCCGCUAAUUUAUACAAGCAGACCGGAAUCAGUUGGACCAUCCGCGCUCUAGUGCUGUUCGAACUGUGUUUAAACAUCCCGGAUCUCACCAUGGAAAUGUCAAAUAAUUUAGUCCACGUCGAGGACGAUGAUGAAAGGAGAGAGAACGGAGAUGACGUUUGCAAGAGAGAAUUUUUAUACGAUAAUCCGUGUAGGAGACUUAAAGAUUUCUUCCAAGAUUUGUGCCAUAUUUAUACUUCGUUAUCAUCCGACAAAGACGGGCAGAUAGCUGCCGUGGACAAAAUUGCGGAUCAGCCCAUAUUCUUCCUCACGGUGCAACCCGACGAGUUUCAAGAUUUAUGGCAGAAUCAGAGAAAGUCGGGCGAAUUUUCGACAGAUAACGCCACUGCAGACAACUGUAGCAGAUCGAAAAUUAAAAAACAGGAUAGCGUGGACAGCACAGACUCGGAAGACUUCAAUUACGAGAAAAAAGAUAAGGUGUAUACGGUAGCCACCGAGAAAACUAUACAUUCCUUGGUCAACGAAUACAAAAAACGCAAGACGCAACACACCAUGCCAUCGGCAGCCAGAGAGAAACCAAAGAAGAAGAUAGAAGAGAAGGACAAAAUUACAAACUCAAAUUCAGUAUCUAAAGAAAUCGAUCUUCAACGAAAAACAUCUAUUAUGAAGGAUAGCGAAGCUCGUUUACAAGUAUGGAGCCAGCUUAUUCGUUCGGUGUUAGAUCUCCAUCUAUCGCUGGAGGAUAACCAAUUUAAAUCCCUCUUACCUAUCGUGUUCCCCGGGAUAUGUUCUUUAGUCGUUUCCAGCGUGGACACGGAAUUAAAAUCGACAUUGAACGGCUGGAUGCGGAGAAUGGCCGGUUGUUGUGGAUUCUACAAACCCCAACAGAACCGUGAUAUAUCCUUAUAAACAUUUAUAAAAAUAAAAUAAAAUGCUAGUCGAUGUUGUACAGAUUAUUAUACACUCGGUUAUCUGGUCGUUUAACAAAAACGAAAACGGUAUGAUACUGAUGUUCUAGUCACCAGAAACUGUAAUAUUUUCUUUCUCUGUGGUGAAUAAUUUAUUCUCUAUUGGAAUAUAUACAAUUGAGAUAUUAAAAGGGUUUAUGUUAAAUUAUUAAAUUGAUUCUUCUGUCGUAUUUUUAAGCAAAUUAACACUUUAAAAUGGCUUUAAUUCCAAUCGUGGAAUUAAUUUACAUUCGUUACCUUUCUAAUUAAAUAUUUCCACUUA